AUUUGAACUCUGUAGAAAUAAUUUUAUUUGCAACAAAAUCAUGUCGCGUAAAGCAACGCAAUCCCACAAAAAUUAAUUUGAACCUUUGGAUGCUAUAGAGCUGAAGUUCAUUCAAUUGACAGACGACUAUGUCAGGUCAAGAAGUUAAUGGGAAAGAUGAUGCAGGCUUUAAUAAACUAGAUGGAAAUGUCGUAUCGAUACCAUUGAGCAUUAUCACCAAACAAGGAGAAUUGAUCAAGAGUACCAAACUAUAUUUACAUAUUCGAAAAUCAUCUAUUUUGAAUCAUGAUGAUCCAACGUUCACAAAUAUAUCUAUAACAGGAGUAUAUGAAGAUGGAAGUUUCCAUACAGAUGUCACAGAGUCCAAUAUAAAAGAAAUCUUUAACAAGGUCAGCAGUGAAAGUGAGCAACGAUCUAUUAUUAAUAAGUUAUUCCCACUUGAUUCUGAUCAGGAAAUAGAGCAACAAGAAGAAGAAGAAGCAGACAAAGACCCAGAAACCAUUGAAAAGAAAUUAGUCAUGGAUGUCAAGAUCGUCACUUUAUCGAAAUAUUAUGAUGAGGAAAGCAAAAAUUUAAUAGAAGAAGAUAAUGAUCCGAAUCAAUCACCCAUAACAAUCAAUAUACGAACACAGAGUCGAAUUCCCAUACUAGUUGGGUCAAUCAAAUUAGAACCGAUUAAUUUCGAAGAUGAUGAUCAUGAAGAGGAAAUCAAAGAUGAAUCAGUGUUGUUUAAUUGGAUUGAUGUACUAUUGAAGAAUUAUCAGGAUGUUAGGGAUCAAUUGAUUGAAAAGAAUAAGAUUAUUGAAGAUUUGAAGAAUCAAAAUUAUGAAUUAACUAAUGAUUAUAAAUCAUCCAAAUUUGAGAAUAAAGAGAUUAUCGAUGAUUUGCAGAAUAAAUUCUAUCAAGUGUUAAAUUCUAAGAAGGAUAAAAUAUGGCAAUUAUUACAAGAAAGGAAAGCUGAACCAGGUGGCAACGGUAAAUUCACUGCAUUGAACCAAUUAUCUGAUUUGAAUGAGAAUUUGAAGCCUGAUAUGUUGUAUGAUCUUGAUAAAAGUAAAAUAGCAGAUAAAGUUGAUGAUAAAUAUAUAAGUCCAAAGAAGAGAGGUCGGUCUGCUGUAAAGACUGAGAAUGGAUCUCCUACUAAAAAGAGAAAACCAACCAUAAGAGGUAAGAAGAAAAGUAAGAAAGAUGAGUAUCAUGAAGCAACUGAUAAUGACGAAGAUUAUCUGUUCUUGGAUAAAAUCAAAAAGGAGGCAAAUAAUAGUUUUGGUAAUAGUCCUAUACUAUCUCCAGAUUCAACUGAAGUUAAUAUCAAACAAGAACCUAAUUCUUUAGAACUCCGAGAUGAUGAUACUUAUAUUGAAGAACUGGAUGAUAAUGGGAAGAACAGUUCAUUAAGUAAACCUGCUGGCAGGACGAAAUCAUCUUUAGGAUUUGCAGAUCGAGAGAUUGUUGAUAAUGUUUUAGAUGAUGAAGAUGAUGACGAAAAUGACGAGAAUGAUGAAUUUGAAGAAAAUAGGAAUAAAGGAAAAGAUGAAGGUUAUGAUUCGUAUAACCCAAGCGAAGAGGAGGAGGAAGAACAGAUGGAAGAACAAGAGAAAGAGCUAGACGAAGAGCAAAGGCAGAAUGACGAGAUUUCAGAGAGUUAUAAAUCAUCGAAUGAAGUGGUUGAAGAUAGUUUAGCUGGUGUAGGUUCAAUAAAAUCCAAUAUUAGUCAAAAUGAAGAACUAGAAACUGAUUAUGGAUCAAGUGAUCAGGAAGAGCCAGACAAAAAGGAUCAAAACAAUGAAAAUGAAAAGAAAGCUAUUGAUAUAAGUCAAAAAGAGGUUGAAACAGAUUAUUCAUCUGAUGAAGAUUAAAACAAAAGUAUAUAUUAUGAAUACACAAUCCUAUUUCGAAGUAUCAACAACAUAUCUACCUAAUAUUUUACCUUGUUCCAAUAAUUUGUAGACUUGAGCAAUUUCAGAUAAUCCCAC